AUGGAUGAUCCAAGCGCUGCAGCAUCGCCGCCACGACGAUUGGCUGUCCUCAUCUCUGGAGAGGGAACCAACCUUCAAGCACUGAUCGAUGCACAGAAUACAUCGUCCCUGCCUAAUACACGAAUCGUCCUUGUUCUCUCCAAUCGCAAAAACGCACGUGGCCUGAUACGCGCUUCCACCACCUUGCCCCCGAUCCCUACCGCGUACCUCGGCCUUCAGCCGUUCCUUAAAUCAAACCCCGGAAAGACGCGCGAGGACUACGAUGUGGAGGUCGCGCGCAUCGUGCUACGCGCCAAGCCAGAUGCAGUCGUAUGUGCGGGGUUUAUGCACAUCGUGAGCGAGGGGUUCCUGGAUGUGUUCAAGGGGACGCGGAUAUUGGAGGGCGAGGAGGUGCUUGCAAGGGAGGUACCCGUGAUUAACAUUCAUCCGGCGUUAUUUGGGCAGUUUGAUGGUGCGCAUGCAGUUGAGCGAGGGUUUGAAGCGUUCCAGAAGGGGGAGGUGGAUGAGCUGGGCAUCAUGGUGCAUCGUGUGGUUAAAGAAGUUGAUCGCGGGGAGCCGUUAAUUCAGAGAAGGGUAGAGGUAGUGAAGGGGGAGGCAAUAGAGGCUUAUGAGGAGAGACUACAUAAGGUAGAGUGGGAGAUUAUUGUCGAAGCUACUCGGAUUGUGCUAGAUGAGCAACGGUUCAAGUUAAUAUAG